CCAGCUGCAGUGGUGUGAGAGUUGAUGGGGGAUCAUUACUAAUACUAGGCUGUAGCUAUGGCACACCGGCUAACCAGAAUGUGAAAGUUGCUGUGCGAUGCAGGCCUUUUAGCGACAAGGAGAUCAAAGAUGGGUGCUCAUGCAUUAUCAGCAUGACUGGACCGGAGACCACCAUCUCCCACGGCGAUAAGGAGACCUCCUUCACCUUUGAUCACAGCUACUUCCAUGGGACAAAAUCUAGUGAAGUGUACAGUGAUCUGGGACAGCCUCUGUUGGAAAAGGCACUGGAGGGCUACAAUGCAACCAUCUUUGCAUAUGGACAGACAGGCUCUGGUAAGACAUACUGUAUGACUGGCACGGAGGAGGAGAGAGGAAUCAUUCCCUUGAUGAACAAGGCAUUGUUCGAUCACAUUGAAUCUGCCUCUCCCACCAAGAAGUUUCUGGUCACUGUUUCCUACCUUGAGAUCUAUCAGGAGGUCAUUCAUGACUUACUCAAUCCUCACGGCAAAGAUAUGAAAGUUCGACAGCAUCCACAGUUUGGAGUUUACGUGGAGGGUCUAGCUGAGCUGGUGGUGAGGAGCGGGAAGGACAUCGAGCAAUUGCAGCUGCAGGGAAAUAGAGUCAGAAAGGUUGCUGCCACGGAGAUGAACCAGAGAAGCUCUAGGUCUCACAGUGUCUUCAUGCUGUCGAUUAAGCAGCGAGGGGAGGGGGACGGGGACGGGGAACUUAAGGCUAAGGUGAACUUGGUGGACCUGGCUGGGUCGGAGAGGGCAGAGUCCACUGGAGCACAAGGACACACCCUCAAGGAAGGGGCAGCCAUCAACAAGAGUUUGAGUGCACUUGGCAAUGUCAUCAAUGCACUGGCAGACCUUCGCAAGAAAGGACAACAUAUUCCGUAUAGGGAUUCUAAACUAACCAGGAUUCUUGAGGAGUCUCUUGGUGGAAACUGCCUCACGGUCAUGCUGGCAAUGGUGUCACCUGCAGACUACAAUUAUGCUGAGACUUUUUCAACGCUCCAAUUCGCCAAUAGAGCUAAAAAUAUCACAAAUGUCUCAAGGAAGAACGAGGAUGAGAAUACUCGUCUCAUUCGAACCCUUCGUGAAGAGAUCAGCCAGCUACGAGAUGACCUGGUUCAGGAGGUGGGGCCAGGGGGAGUGGUAUCCACUGUGUCAUCAAAGGAAGUGACCCGGCUUGAAGAGAUGAUUUCUGACCUCCAAGUUGCAAAACAACAGACAUGGGAAGAGAAAGAGAGACUGUCCCGAAUGUAUGAAGAUGAGAGAAAAAAUAACCUCGCUAAUAAGGGCAUUCUGGAACUGGUGAUGGAUACUCUGAAGAAGGAGCAGCAGGAGGCCCAGGAGAGACUGAGAGUGCUUUAUGAGGAGAGGGACGGGCUCACUGCCAGCUACAAGGACAAAAAGAAACACGUAGAUGAGCUCAAAGAACAGCUGCAGCAGAAAAUCAACGACUACUCUAAACUCUCAGAAAGUGGAGAGCUGAACGAUUCUGUGCAGCAGACUCAGCUGGCUGAUAUCCACUCACUCAAAGACCAGCUCAAAGCUGAGAACGAUUCACUCAAGUCCGUCAAACAGACGCUCAAGGAUCUCCAGGAGAAGAUAAAGUCCGAGAAAGAAGACACCCGAGUCCAGUCCUCACUGUUACGAAGCAACAUUGAGCUGAGGGAGAUGAUACAGGCUGAUGAGAGGAGAAAGAUAGAGGGGGAAAAUGCAGCCAUACUUCGAGACAAUCUGGAGACACUCAAGCUCGAGAUAGAACAAGAGAAGGCUGAGCUCAAGUUAAAGGUGUCUCAAGGAGCUAACUAUAAACUGGAAGAGUCUGUCACAAUGGAGACUGAAUUGAUAGAACUGCGUGCUCAGAAGCAUAUGACUGCCCUGCAGGUUGAGACCCUGGAGCAGGAGAAGAGGCAGCUGUCAAUCGACCUGGAGGAAGCGUACAGGAGACACAAGGAGGACAUGGAAAUGCAACAGAUGCACCACUUUCAGGUGUUCAGGGCUUAUAGGGAGUGCUUUGAUGAGCAGAAGAUUGUCAUAGAGCAGCGAUUUCGCCAGCUGUUGGAAGAAGCCAUCCAGGAUGCUGUUUACCUCUCCAUGGAGAACUCACAACUCAAGGCUUCCUCACAGAACAUAAGGCAAGAAAUGUCACUGUAUAAAGACACAGUUACAAGAGCUGGUCUGACCACACCCAAGACUCAAUACAACUGAAAAUGACCUGCCAAGUAUAUAUCAAUACUCACGAUCAUGCGCUUUGAAAAAAAAUCACAAUUCCAUUCAUUACACAUUCAAUUGAGUGUGUCACAGUUGCUAUUAAUAAUAAUACACUGUACAUAAUUA